AUGACGUCAUCAUCUUCUUCUUCCAAGAGGCACCCGGUGUACCAUGGAAUCCGGUGCCGGGGAGAAAAAUGGGUGACCGAAAUCCGGGAGCCACGUAAGACAACCCGCAUAUGGCUUGGCACAUUCCUAACACCGGAGAUGGCGGCUGCCGCCUAUGACGUGGCGGCAUUGGCGCUGAAAGGCGGGGAAGCCGUUCUCAACUUCCCUGACUCAGUUAGCAAGUAUCCGGUGCCCGCAUCGAAAUCUCCUGCUGACAUCCGCAUCGCUGCCAAUGCUGCAGCGGAACUAGUAAAGGCUGAAGCUAACCACAAUAAUGCAUCAUCAACUAAUGUAGUUGAACCUGAUGGUGUUUCUGAUAUUACUCCAUUGUCUGAAACUGAGUUUCUGGAUGAGGAAGCCUUGUUUUUCAUGCCAAGUUUAUUGGUAGAAAUGGCUGAGGGAAUGCUACUGUCCCCACCAAGAAUGAGCCCACCACCGUCACCUGGGAAUUAUGGUGGAGAAAGUUUGUGGAACUAUUUUUGA